AUGCGAUGUACUCGCUUCGAUUCCGCGGUCAGGAAACGUUCGCGUGGACACACCGCUUUGUUCAUGCGUUUAACUAACGUCAGCGUAGGCUCAUACUGGGAGAAUCAGAAACUUACAGGAUUUAAUUUAGACGCUGGCUAUUCCUUCGAAGACUAUCAAAUGAAAAAAAAAGUUGCAAAAUUCAAAAUCAUUAACUCUUGUAGUCAGCCACUGACACCAGAAGAGUAUUUUUAUGAAAAGUACAAGAUUGAAGAGAAAGCAAAACCACCGAAUACUUUAGAAGAUACCACGGAAACAUCUUUUGCAGUGAUAGUUUUUUGGGCAGUUCUUAUAAUAGUGGCUAUAGCUAUCGCAUCAUCAGUAGCAUACUACUUAUAUGUGGCAAAGAGAAGACAGCAAAUCCAGAAAGAGAAAAAGGAUUUCAAGGAACGAAUAACUGGGUCGUCAACGGGUUCAACUACUCGUCCCAAAACACCGGGAAGCGCUGCACUGGCUGCUCUCGAGAUUGCCGAUGUUAUUAUUGUGGACGCUGAAUUUCCCAGAAUAGAGGGUCCAGAGGAAGUAAGACGCACAAAUGCAUCAGCAACUGAAGUCUUAACAAUCAAGAAAACAUCAAGAGAAGUGAAAGUGACUUAA